AGUUAUUGUGUUUACGUUAACUCAGUUCUUGUUUUCGUUUUAGCCGCAAGCCUUAAAAACCUCCAUAUCUCUAUUAUUUCAAUCUCCGAAUCGGUCGAUCUCUCAAUCCCGCUCUUCUCGUGUUGCAGAGAUACAUCAUAAUUCUCCUCUUUGCUUGUUUCAUCCGUUUUCACCUUUGAAAACGCUAAAAUUUUCUAUUGCUUGUUCUAACCCUAGUGUUGGAUACCUUCUCCAUCCUUUUCUCUGCCUCUCCCUGUAGAAGAAGAGAAGAAAAGAGAGAGAAAAAAAAAAAUAGAGACUUGUCGAAGAAUAAUAAUAGAUAAAUAAAGACUUAUUGAAGUUGUUUGAUACUGUCUUUCAACUUUGUGGGAGCUUCGACUUGUGGCUUCAAUUGGAGAGUUGGUUAGAGGCUGCUGUCGAGGAUGAGCCUGCAACAAGUUGUAGCACCAAGGUCCUCUUCCAAUGGAUUUGGCCGUCGUAGAGUUGAAAGAGAGAUGGGGACUCGGCUAGAUAGUAAGCCACAGUCUGGCAAACCAAAUACAAUCAGUUUUACCAAUGCAGGAGCACUUAAUGGCGGUGAAGUUGGAGGUUCUGAAAGUCUUUCACGUGAUCGGCUAAUAUAUUUGACAACAUGUCUUAUUGGACAUCGUGUGGAAGUCCAGGUGAAAAAUGGAACUAUUUUCUCUGGAAUAUUUCAUGCAACAGGCGCUGAAAAAGAUUUUGGAGUUAUCCUGAAAAUGGCAAGGUUAAUCAAGGAUGGCUCCUUCAGAGGACAGAAGUCUCUUUUUGAUUCUACCAGCAAGCCUCCGUCCAAAACUUUGAUAAUACCUGCUAAAGAAUUGGUGCAAAUUAUAGCUAAGGGUGUACCACUGAGCGGCGAUGGGUUAGCAAAUGGGCUCCAACUUGAAAAACGCCAAGAUAUUAUGAUAGACACCUUGAUAUCGCAAUCUCAUUAUGUUGAGGUGGAGAGAGAAUUGGAACGUUGGACACCUGAUGAAGAUGAUCCACAGCUUCCUGAAUUGGAAAAUAUUUUUGAUGGCACUUGGAAUAGGAACUGGGAUCAGUUUGAAACUAAUGAAGCAUUAUUUGGAGUAAAGAGUACCUUUGAUGAGGAGCUUUAUACGACAAAACUUGAGAAAGGUCCUCAAAUGAGAGAUUUGGAAAAGGAAGCUUCAAGAAUAGCUAGAGAAAUUGAGGGGGAGGAAACUCAAGAUCUUCAUUUAGCAGAGGAAAGAGGCUUUAGCUUUCAUGAAGAUUUUGAUAUUGAUGAGGAGACCAGAUUCUCGUCGGUAUUUAGGGGGCUUGAUGAUAGUGGGUAUGAAGAAAGUGAGGAAAUGACGUUUGGUUCACGAAACACUGAGGGGUUUGGAGGCUCCUCUGGAUCUGUAAUUAGCAGAUCCUUUUCAGAUGUGGCCAGAGGCAAAAGUAAUGAUGGAGCCCAAGUAUCAUCAAGCUCUUCGUCAAUGGAUGACACCCAAUCUUCUCAAUCAAAUGCUAGCAAGGAUUUAUACCGCUCAAGUUCUAGUGAUCACACUAAACAGUUGACUUCUGACAGUGUUUCGAAGAGUCUUUCAGCUUUGAAUGGCGAGAGCAGGUUGUCUGAGAACCAGUUCAGAGAACGACAUGGAGGAAAGGGUUAUCCAACAGAGUCUGCAGAGUGGAAAACAUUGCUGGUUGGUGAGGAGGCUCACACAUCAAAAUCUGAGGAUUUACAAUCAUCAGUGAACAUGAAGAAAGCUGUAUCAGAUAAAGGGGGCUUAUCUUCCAGUGCUACUGCAUUUGCUCCAUCUUCUGUUUCCUCAAAAGGUCAUGAAAACACAAUUUUGGGUGAAUCAUCAGAUUCUACUGGAUCUGGGAAGUUAUCUGGAGCAACCCAAGCUGUUAACUCACGUGGACGACCAGGUAGUUCUACGUCAUCCACUUCAGAGUGUGUAGGUGCACCAUCAGCUUCAGCUGGUCUGGGUUUGUCACCAAGCUCAUCUAUGGGAUCGUUAUCUUCAGAGAAAUCAUCACUGAAUCCUAAUGCUAAGGAAUUUAAGCUGAAUCCCAAUGCAAAGAGUUUCACCCCAUCUCAAACUACUUUAAGGCCUCCUUCCCCAGUAUCCGAAGGUUCCUUCUAUUUUCCAGCUAAUAUGUCUGCUGUUCCACAUAUGCAUGGAGUACCAGUUGGCAUUGGGAUUGCGCCCUCAUUCGGACACCAGCCUGUGAUAUACAAUCCACAGGCUACACCAAUGCAAGCACCUCAGGCAUAUGUCCAACCAAAUGGACCUCUGUAUGGGCAGCAGAUGAUUCUUGGCCACCCUAGGCAAGUUUUGUACAUGCCAAAUUAUCCCCCUGAAAUGCCGUACAAAGGGAGAGAAUUCUAACUCUGCUGGUCAAUCAAUAUGUGCUCUACUAAUUGUGCUUGUAAAUAAGAUGCUUCUGAAUGGGUUGACAAUUUUUUUGAGCGGGGUAGCUCAGUAUUCAGUUAACAAUAAUUUUAGAGAACUAUCAGGAGUCAUGGGAGUUUCACUCAGCUUAGGAUGUUCACUAUCCAUUUGUAUUUGUAAAAUUUGUUAGUGUUAUGUGUGUCUUAUUAUGACUAUGAUGUCUUUGGAUUGA